UAUGUAGAUAGAUGAACUCAAGUGCCCACACCUUUCCGCGUUUCUAGUCUGGUUACAAGUUAGAGCCAACUUCUUUACUAUUUCAUAGAUUUUGAUUUAGUCUUAUAUGUAUACGUUUCUGUGAUCCCAUCCCUUUCUUAGCUUACUUGCUUUUGCUGUUUCAAGAUCGCUUCAUCCACCUGGGUGACUAAUCAGAGUCGCCAUCACUGUCGUGACCGAGAAAGCGAAAUAUAUCAGAAGAAGAGCAAGAAGAAGAAGAAGAAGAAGAAGAAAGUGAUAUGAUGAGAGAAUUAUUAGCAGGAGAGGAAGAAGAAAAAAAGGGGAAGGAAAUUAGGGCAAGGAGGAGUGGAAGAUGUGAAGAGUGCGAUGGCCAAGCGAAGAGGGAGUGUCCGCACAAGAUGUGCAGGACUCCCUGCAACACCCCCAAUUGGCUCAUUUCCCGCUCCUCCGCAGCCGAGGAUCCUCGACGACUCCAUCUUCCUCUUCCUCUACAUGGCUCCUUCUCCUUCUCGAUCUCGCAUCAGAACCCUAAGAGGUCCCGAGAGGUCGCAGGAGGGAAUAAUAUUGAUGACAAUGCUUUUCCGGCGGAAGUGAGCAGUAUGGCGUUAUUCCGUUGUGUUCGUGUGAGUUCCUUUGAAGAGCCUGAGCAGCUCGCUUACCAAACUUCGGUCAGGAUCGGGGGUCACGUGUUCAAGGGUAUUCUCUACGAUGAUGGUCCUGAUCUGCCCGUAAUUUCUUGGUCUAAUUCGGGCCGUGAUCCUCCGAAUGCUUCUUCAAGUUCCGUUACUCGUCUUGUGAGUCCGCUUUCAUUUCCACCACUCGUUGCUGCUUUUAGUUCCGAAAGACCUCCUUCGGCACUUGUCUUCCCUCCUCCAAAAUCUUAAUUAGGGCAUGCAUGCAUGCUUUGCAAUACCAUAUCCAUACAAAUAUGUUUUGUAUGUAUACAUGUCUAACAACUAUACAUAUGUGUUCUGUUUAUGUGGAUAAUCAUGGCGUUAAUUAAGUUUUUGUAUCGAUUUAUUAUUGCUUUCAUA